CUCAAGCGCCCGUCUUUGUCGUGUCCAGGAAAAAAAGCCGUGUCAAACAACCUUCCAACCUCAUGUCGACCUACCACCAUGCCAGCAUCCCUGCCUCUACUCUUGACCAUUUUCCUUGAGCCUCCGGUUUCCUGAGAUUUCUGCACAACAAAAAAGCCCUUUCUUUCCAUUCUAUUGUACCCGUCGGAAAAGAAAGUCGACCAUCAAGCGACCAAUUCGCACUGCUCCAUUACUUCGAUACAGCUCGCACUAUUUGGAGAAACCAUGGCCUCUCUUUCUACCGACCAGUCCUCGGCGAGGCGAACCUUUGCCAACGCACACCUUCCGGCUCAAAGCCACAGCUUGCCCUCGUCUGCUGCUGAACAUCAGCUGCCUGCUUCUGGGAACUUCCAGCCUUCUCAUCCCGAGGACGCCAACAAUCAGACCGUUCAGCCUCCUCGCAACGAUACGAUCUCUCCCGCAAUCCCAAGGAAACUUAUCCCAUCCCCUUCGAAUGAGCCUUCAAAGGCUCCGUCCAUAGACGGCCUCGAAACGACUCCCGUCCUCACCACACAAAUUCUGUCCGGCACAUCCGACGAAAGCGCUACCCAACUUUCAUCCUCCGACGACUCGGCCAAACCCCCCAGUCUCGACGGAAAAAGCGUGGCCUCCGUCACCACUUUUGCGAUGGAUGAGAAGGAGUCGUUGAGACCAGACGAUAGUGCCAGUGUCUUGGCUAUCGAAGAUGAUGAUACGUACUCACCCCCUGGUUCCGCCGCCGUCGGAUCGCGACUUGGUUCGGAGACCGGUGCUCGUGCCUUCCGUGAUCAGCUGUUGGAGAUCACUUCCAGAGGACCUGCAUUACGCCAGUCUGGUCUUACAUCAAGACCCGACUCUGUGACCAACGCUCCAGCCGGAACUCUCUACGUGCCUCCACCAGUAGGCAGUCCCGCAACCUUGCCUGGCUAUGUCCAGCCACCUUCAAACCUCGGCAGGCCUGAAGACGUGCUCCCCGACGCAAAGCUCUUGGAAGCUCUCAACAACCCUCGAGACAGAAUAUGGGUGCUCAAGUUGGAGCAAGACAUCAUUGACUUUGUCAAGGAUCCAUCUGAACAUUCCCUGGACCUGCCUCAAUGCAAUUCUUUCUACAGAAUGCUUGCUCACAAAUUGGCUGACUACUACAUUCUUGGCCACGCUGUUGAUGGUUCUAUUUCAGCUGUCCGUCUUUAUAAGACUCCGAACUGUCGAAUUGCUCCACCCCUGACUGCUAUUGCGACACCUCCGACAACGGCUAACACACCACCUCCUGCUGCUCCCCAGAUGAAGAUUCUACGCCGCGGCGGAGAUGCACCCCUGAAUGGCCUCUCCAAGUCGAACUCUGACGGAGGUGAUAGUGGUGACUCUGACAAGAACAAGCCUCUGACCCGCGAGCAACGUGAGCAGAGGUACGAGUUGGCUAGACUGCGAAUCCUGGGAUCUGCAAAGCCCACCGAGGAUGUGUCUCUAGUCAAAGAGAGGGACGAAUCCCGAUCCAGCUCUGCUGCUGGGAAGAAGAAGCCAAAGAAGCAGCGCAGUAACAGUGACGAUGACUUUGAGGCUAGAUCUGCUUACAGUACUUUUGUGACGCCGCAGAAUGGUGCCACCGACGGCGUUAACAUGGUUUACUACCCCGCAUUCCCCGGAGGUGCCCAAGGUGCCCCUGGCAUGUACGCCGGUGCUCCUGCAGCUUCGGCUGCGCAGAAUUCAUAUAACGCUGUAUACGGCCCCACGACGUCUUCUCAAGCCGCCCCCUAUCCAUGGCUGCAGCAAGGCUACGCUGGUUACAACGAUCCAAACAAUCAAGCCCAGCAUAACGUCAAUGAUCUCUCCUCGGAUUUCCAAGCCAUGUCUUUCCAGGCACAAUCCGGACCUACCUCUCCGCCUGCAUCGGCUGGGCCUUAUGGCUAUGCAGGUCCACAAGGUCAACAGCAGCAACAUCCUUCAUGGCCCCAGAUGACGCCUUAUCAGCCUGGCUAUCCUGGCAGUCCCAACUACGGUGGCCAAUUUGCAAGCAGACCUCCUUCUUCGGCGAGCCACGGCUCUGCGACACACGGCUACCCAUAUGGAAUGCCCAUGAAUCAGAUGCAGAUGCCCGAAAGUUACAUGGGAUAUCAGAACCAAGUCAUGGCUGGUGCUUUCAACCGUGGAAACUUCAAUCCCCAGAGCCAGGCGUUCAUCCCUGGUUAUCAGCCUCACUACGGCGCACCGAUUGCACCUCAAAACAACAUGGGGUUCAACUCUGCUUACCCUGGAUCGCAUGCACUACAGCGUCAGAACUCUAGCCAGUCACAGGCAUCGUCGUACAACGGACAGAGUAUCAGCCAGACCAACAGCAGGCCACCUCACCCUCUGCCACAGCCCGUCUUCUCUCCUCAUGUACCCAUGCCUUUCCAAAGUUCUCAAAGACAAGCCGCUACGCCAUCCCGCCCUGGCACCAACUCUGCGGCAGACAGCAGCAACAACGCACCGAGUUCGAUUGCCAAAUGGGGCACACCUGCCUCUUUGCCAGCUAAGCCUCCUCCGCCGGCAGCCACGAACUCAUUCGACAUGUCUAGAAUGCCCCACGCCCAGCAAAACAGCGCUCCCUACUCACCUGGAUCUGCAGGAAGAUUGCCAGGUGUUGGAGGACAGGGAUACCACGCCUUGCCAUCUAUGGUCGCCUUGCGUAGUGGGCAGGCACCCAGAAGCGGGCAAUAAUCCAAUUUGAUACACAUGUAUGCAAGGAAGUACUUUUCUCGGGGUUUUCUGCUUUCAAAAAGAAAAGGGGGUCUCAUUCAGUUUUUUGGGUGCACAGUGGUGGAUUUCGGAACGGCGUUUUCCUUAUCCAGCAUUCUUGGGGAGUUUGACCUUUUGUCUUGGGCAUUUGAUAGUGAGCUUUUUCUCCGAUAAGCUAUACGUUAGCUGAGAAGAGACACGG